UGUAAAGAUGCGAACAAUCAGUAGUUAUCGGUAAUUACAAUUUAAUAUUUAUAUAUAAAAUCAAUAUAGUUGUUAUUGUGGAUGCACAUGACUCAUUAGACAGUCUAGCGAGAGUCUUUGCGCAAAAUGAUCGGCUUCCUAAUAACUUCAUUUUUAAUUACAUUGUGUGCCGUGUGUUUAUAUAAAAAUGCAUAUAAAAGACCAUUGGACACAUUUCCGCCAGGACCGAUUAACUUACCAGUUUAUGGUGCUUAUUGGAUCGUUCUGUUGAGAGAAAUUAACAAUUUGGGUGGAUCGCUUCGAAAACUCGCUAAAUACUACGAUACGAAGGUACUUGGAAUGUACCUCGGCAAAUUCCCCACCAUUGUUGUUGACGAUCCAAAAUUAAUAAAGGAAACACUGAACAAUGAAGAUUUCGAUGGCCGCCUAGAUAUAAUUAUAAGUCGCUUAAGAUCGUUUUGGAAAAGACUAGGUAUAUUCUUCACAGACGGUUACUUUUGGCACGUUCAAAGAAGAUUCACCCUUAGGUGCAUGAGAGAUUUUGGCUUUGGAAGGAGAGAUGAAACUCUUGAAACCAUUACAGCUAAUGAGACUAAGGAAAUGAUAGACAUGGCGCUUAAUGGUUCGAAGUAUCCCGCAGAAAAGGAACUAGUAAAAGGAGAUCUUAUAUAUCUACAACAUUUCUUCGCUGUGCCCUUUAUAAACGGGAUUCUUCAUAUUUUUACGCGGUCGACGCUACCGAGAGCUGAAUACGACGUCCUUUGGGACCUGGCACGCAAAACCUUGCUUUUUCAACGAGGAUCAAAUGACUUAGGUGGUGCAAUAACCCUGACUCCUUGGUUAAAAGAUGUGAUGCCAAACUACAGCGGUUAUACAAAUCUGUGUAAAGGAAAUCAAAAUUUAUUGGACUUCUUUAGUAAACUUAUAAAACAGACUUACGUCACUCAAGAGGACACACACGACCGUCAUUUCUUAGAUUGUUAUAUACGGAAAAUUAAAGAAGAACAAAAAAGCGGUCGCCGCACCACUUUUUCAGAUGAGCAGCUUCAACUCGUUUGUACAGAUUACAUGUUUCCUGCAGCGACUGCUAUACAAUCGGUGCUUACGUUUCUAAUCGAAAGAAUGCUUAUCCAGCCCGAGAUUCAAGACAAAAUUCAUGAAGAGAUCGAUAGGGUAGUGGGACGCGACCGUCUUCCCACACUCGAUGAUAGGCAAAACAUGCCUUAUUUGGAAGCUUGUCUUCGAGAGAUAAUGCGAUUCGAGACACUCGUGCCGCUCGGGGUACCACAUCGCACAAUGAGGAACACUAAGCUCGAAGGCUACGACAUUCCAGAGAAUACAGUAGUUGUAUUCAACUACGUCACUCUUCACUUUGAUAAAGAUAUAUGGGGCGAUCCAGAAAAUUUUAGACCAGAACGUUUCAUAGAAAACGGAAAAUUAAAUUUGUCCAAGGAUAAGUCUCUGCCCUUUGGUGCAGGUAAAAGGCUGUGUGCAGGAGAAACUUACGCGCGUCAGUCGAUGUUCCAAGUAUUUGCUGGAUUUAUGCAAGCGUUCGAUGUAUCCACAGCUAAUGGUAAACCCCUUACGAAGCCAGCUCGGAGGAUUCAAGGCAUCAUUACAACAUUACCUGAGUUCUGGGUGCGAGUGACGCCGAGAAUAUACCCUUAAAUAAAUAAUAUAUAUUUUUAUAUCAAAUCUAAGUAAAAUAAACAUAGAAAUAAUUAUGUUAGAUAGCGCACAUUCGAUUGGUUAAUUUAUAUAUGGUUCGGUAAAAAUGUUAUAUGUCUUGAUGUUAGUGUUUUAUAUUACUAAGGUUUGCUCAAUUAAUGCUAAAUAGUUUUUUAAGUCUCAACACAAUCUAAAAACCAAACCAUUAUUUGUAUGUUUUUAAAUGUUUAUGUAUAUUUUAAUAUUGUAUAAUAUAAAUUGUACUCUUAAGCUGAUACUUAUCAGCCUACCUUAUAUUAUAAGAUUAAUAAACUACUAAAUAUUUU